GAGCGCACAUGUUCGGCAUUGCCCACCGCCUCUGAACUGUGCCCAAAUCCACGUGCCAUCCCCUGUAUUGUAUUUCUGUUGUUUCCCAAUUACAAGUAACCUCUUCUUCAUCAUCUCUCUCUCUCCUCAAUCACCGUACCGUAUCGUUCGUCAACAUGGCUAGGUUCAUCAUCUCGAAGGCGAGGAACAACCUUAAACUUAACCUUAACCUUAACCUUAACCACCUCAAUCUCAAGCCCUUCCCUUUGGUGACCGUUCCUAAUCGCCACCGUUCAUCCCAACCCACCAAACCGAAACUAGUCCAUGUCGACCUCGACGGCGAGUACGAGGUUACUCUCAAGUUGUUCGAUGACCUUAUCCAACGGAUUCUCGUUAAGAAGGCCACACCUGACUGGUUACCUUUCGUGCCGGGAUCCUCCUUCUGGGUCCCACCACGCGCUUCUCCUUCCAACGUCGUCGAUUUGGUUCACAAACUCACCGUCAGUGACCAACUCUCCGACGAAGAGUCCCUUUCCGUCGCCACCCUCCGCGGUUGGCCCUCCUCCAAUUUCUUCAUCAAAGGGAAUGAAUCCGCUCAGGGCGGGGAUAGUGGUUUGGAGAUAAAUAUCCCAGAAGGGAUGGAGGGGACAGUGAAAGUGAAGGUUCUGACGUUUUCAGAUAAUCUAGCUCAUUCAGAGGAUGAGGAAGGAUGAUCCAUAAUUUAGCUGAGCCAGUUGCUGUGCUCUAAUUAUGUAGGAUUUUCAUGGUGCAACCGAAGCUCAUUGGGAAGUCCAAAAAAAGCGAGGGAAAAAAACUAGACUCUUUGGAAAUUGAGAAGGACAAAGCACUUGAAUGGAAAUUCCUGAAGAUGCAGUACUGGUGUUGGUUUUGGGAUUUGACUCUUUUUCACUCUACUUGGAGUCAACGUUGAUUUGUUUAAUCAGUAUAUAUUGAAUAUUUGCAAUGUUGUUAUGUUGAAUCCCUUGUAGGGUGAAUGUAUGUAUUUAUCCAACUAAUAAAAAGCAAAAGUUUCUCACAGCAUUCCUCUGAACGAGAUUAAUUUAUUGCAUAUUGAUAUAUAUACCACUGUAAUAGAUCUUUUUGUUUUGGCACGUAACUGUAAUAGACUUUUGA